AUGGUUGCCGUGGACGAAGAACGUGAUCUCCCCUACCCAGCUAUGCCGAGACGGGUGACGGUUGAGCGAGGGGAGCCUCAUGAAUCAUUGUCCAUGAGCGAAACGGCCGCAGUACAGACCAGCUUCAUGGGCUGGGGCAAAGUGCGUGGUCCCAAACUCGUAUCAUCUCGGGCAGUUUUGCAACGCUGGAGUCUUCUCAGUUCUACUGCCCCCGGACGUGAUUCUCUCCCGUGA